AAAGCAGAGUGAUUGAGAAAUAACUUUCACUGUUUGUAUCAUUAUAUUUUAUUUACUUAUUUAGUUGAUAGUGGAGAAAACUGCCACUAUGUGAUGCUGCUUGAUUUUUUUUAAAUAAAACAUAAUAACAUUGAAUCUUUGGCUAAAAAUCCAAUGCCAAAAGUAGAAAAAUCAUUAAAUUUCAGACAACUGAAGUAGUACUUGCAUUUUAGUAAUCUGUGUGGUUGCACGCUGCUCAAUGGCUCCGCCUUCCGAGUUCAACGAGAAAGGUGUAGUCUGGGCGUUGGUGUGCAGUCUUGGUGACAUGUGCGCUGAUGUACGAGUUGCUGCCCAAACUUCACUCUGUGUACUGGGGGCCCAGCAGCCCAGGCCUGUGCUUCGUGCUCUGCUACUCACUUGCAUGCAGCAGCCUCCACCUGCUCCUGGUGUCCUUGCUACUCUGAUGAGCAUCAGUCAAAAGGUGAUGGUGGACUGUGCAAGCUCAAACAGGGAUAAAACCAAAGCAGGAAAUGCAAGCAAUAAAAUGAAUGUGGUUAAUUCUUCACAACAAGAUGUGAAAAAUGCGGGAGGAAUUUCAUGCAAGUCAGGCCUGGAUGAAAGCAUUCUCAAGGACUGGCUGGCUGAGGCUGUCCACCAGCUCACGCGUACCGCUGCCACUAACACCACAAGAGUGGCUGCUGAUAAUCUCCUAGUAACUAUAGCUUCCAAACACAACUUCUUCCAUCAGGUUUGUGACGCCCUGUUAGAAGCCCUCGACAGCAGCAGCGUGAAGGAGAUGGCCUGGCAGAGCGGUGUAGAGAGUCUAGGCAGCGUGUGCAGCAGCUGUGCUGUGCAGAGUGUCACUAAAGUCCCACAACUUUUCAAAGCAAUGCACGAUGCAGGCUUGAGUGCCACGACAGACCAGGCACGAGCUGUGAUUGCUGCUACGGUUACUAAGCUGUCCCAGACUGUGGCUGAAGCUGUGGCUGAGAGCGAUUCCAAAGCUCAUCAUAACACUCUCAGUGGGAGUCCUUUGAGGGAACAGGAAGUCAUUGAUGACAACUCUCUCUUUGAGAAGGAAGAUUUGGCGGAGAACAGCGAGCUGCUUGAUGCCAAUAGCGAGCUCGGCGAUGAUUGUGAAGCUCCGUUUGAGUCUUCAGGGCCAGAGGCAGGAGAGUUGCUGGUAACCUUAGAGGAGGAGUUAAGGGCGGCUGAGAAGAAAGACAAUGAAGACAAUCAGCGGCUACCGGCCAGUCCAUUUAGUGAGGAUACGAAUGAAGUGAAGCCUCGUGCAGAUUCACUUGUUUGCUCCGACUCGACUCCCGAGGAUGGCCUUCCUAUUGACUUGAAUGUUGAUGAGUUGCCACCUGACCCACCAAGCGUGAGCGAGGUUAGUAGAGGUGUAGCUGUCGCUAUUCAUCACUACACUGAACAGUGUGACCUUAUUGCUGACACCCUAGUCUCCCAGUGGCUUAAAUCAGGAAACACGGACCUAAGAAACGAAACCAUUGCUGCAAUUGGUCACAUUAGUCCUCUCCUCAGCCGCGAGAAGCUAGAAUCUAUCACACCGCCUGUAAUAACGACUAUCAUUGGUUUGUAUAGGAAAAUUUCUCUUCCCUACAACCUGACAUCAACACUGGCGCAGCUUCUCGCAGCUGUUAUCCAGCAGGAGGCCCACGAAUGUCUCAAAGUGAACCUCGACCUCAUCAUGGGGGCAGUGCUAACGCAGGCCAGCGUCGCUCCCUGCUACAGCGAGCCCACGAGUGUAGGUAACCACAGCGAAGCUCUGCGAUGUUGUCAUCUCAUAGCGCAGGUAUACCCUGCUCAGAUCGGCGCUCAGUUACUCAUGAGACUUGAGAACGCGAGUCAUGUGCAGCGCGUGGCUUCUCUCGUGGUCACCAAGCAUCUGGUGGGAUGCAAGGUCUUGUCUGACGAUAUCAUCUCUGGCACCAUACGGCUGCUGGGGCCCAUACUGUGUGACUCCAACACUCGUGUGAUCAGAGCUGUUGCUCAGCUCAUACUUGAGCUUUGUCAUAACGGGCACCUGGACGAUACCUCGGCCCCUGCGCUCAUCACGUACCUCGUCAGGCAUAGCGCAGGUGCUGGUACCAACCUCCUGACUGGCACCCGGGGGAGUCUCAGUGGGGGACACGUGGGCGAAGAGACCGUGGGUGACACUUGUAGCCGCGCCCUCUACCUCCUGACGACCACAGUGCCAUGCGCUCACCCGCUCCUGUGGCCGCGACUUCUCACGUUCAUUACAGGAGUUGACUACGAGUCCAGCCUGGCGACGGUGCUGCCGUGCGUGUCUCAUCUCAUCUCGCAACCUCACCACAGCCCGACCGUGUUGCCUCUGCUGCCAUUACUGCCUACAUUGAUGGGCUGCGUGACGUCACAAGUUCUGCUGACGCGGCUCCUCGCCUUCUGUGCCGACCCUUGCAUGCAUCCGCCCUUGGGAGGCGCGGCCCUCGCUAUACUGGCGCCCCUGGGAGGCCAUCUGAGCGACGCGCUGCAGACGCAGCAGUGGAGGGAGCAAGUGGACCAGCUGCGACGCACGUGUCUCAGCCUCGCUGCUAACGAACAAGACGCAACUGCAUUGCAGGUGUGGCAAGACACGGUGCGGGAGCUGCUCAGCCAGACGCUGGCCGCCAUGUCCGACCCUGGCUUCACUCACGGCCUCAUCUCGGCCAUCAUAAGCGAAGUGACGCGCGACACUGAGAGCGAGCGCCGGCUGUUCCUGCUGGGGGCGCUGGGCGUCGCCCUGCGUCACUCCUGCGACACGCGCCUCGUCACCGACACCCUGAACACCGCCCUCGCCCUCACCAACCACAAACUUAGUGCUGAGCAGCAGAGUCUGGGCGUGUGUGUGGGCCAGUGUGCCGCCGGCCACACUGAGCUCGUGGUGGGACUGCUGGCCACGUGGCUCAAGGACGCUGACCACAAGAAGCUUCACUCCUUCAUGGCCAUGCUUAAGUCUGACAGCGGCGAGAGCAGCGCGUGUGUGCGGUGCAGCGUCGUGGUGUGUCUGGGACAAGUGUGUGCCAUGACGCCUCAUGCUGCCCUCCUACCGCAUGUUGAUGGCCCCAUCAUGUUGCAUCUUCUUAACGUCAUCAACAGCAAUAAGGUGAGUCAUGUUCCCUCAAUUCUAUUUUCAAUAUUCACGNACUCCAUCACCUCCUUCACUUCUGCCAACCUACCCAGUCUCGCCAGCAUCGGGUCUUCUCGUUCCUUUAGCGCUGCGACUCUGCCUCUUCAUCCUAAGAACAAACUUCUCGAACCAGCAGGCAGCGAGGAGGCGGUCGAGGCGGACGCUCUCACGGGUGAGGCAGGCAAGGCCUUCGCGCAGCUCAGCCUCCUGCUCAGAGGUGUGAGCGAGACGUGGCAAGCCAUCGGGUGCGACCCGCGGCUGGUGUGUACGGCGCUGACACACCUCCAGCAGGUGGUCGAGCGGACACACGCCUACACGCCCCAGCGCACACACACCGGACACACCGUUAAAGUUGCCGCCAUACAGCCCCUUGCUGCGCUGCUGUGUCUGGCUCAGCUGCUGCACAAGCUGCAGGCGACGGAGGCGAGUGGCGGCAGUUUUGCAUCGCCGCCCACGGCCGAGGACGCCGCCUCUGGUGGGGGUCGGGGUGCUGCCGUGACGCCCGACGUGGGCGACGGUGCCGCCUGUGGGGGCGUGGGCGACACGGCGUGCACGACGCCCUCGUCCCUCGCCACCACCGCCACCGCGGGGCGGCCAGGCUCGGGGCGCGAGUCUCCUGCCGCCGCGACGCAUCCCUUCGCUGCUGCCAGGGAGGCGGUGAUGGGGUCGUUGCCAGGGCUGCUGGCGACGUUGUUGCCGCGGUAUGGCAGUUAUGUGGGGGUGCUGCCCCCCCUCCACCACACCCCUCUCCCCACCCCCGACCACGAUCACGACCCCCCCACCAGAGCCACGUCCUCCUUCGUCCCCAACCCUGGCGCCGCCAACAUCGUCCCUGCGAGAGCGUUGCUGGGGUGCCUGGCUGCGGUGUGGGGUGUGCUGGGAUGUCCUGCCCUACGGCAGUGCCUCCUACAGGAGGCCACGGACGUCACGCACGCGCACAACCUCGACACGCUCACGCACACUCUCACCAGCACAGCCACGCUGCUGGUGGGCUCGUGCCCUCGCCUGGUGGCGCCCCUCGUAAGUUCGCUGUCAGGACCUCACGCAGAGCGAGGCGAGCGAGCAGCGAUCGCAGCGCUGUACAGUCAGCUCGUGUACGAGGCGUGUGGUGGUGACUACGAGACCUUGGGACGAGUCACUGCUGUGCUGCUCAUGCUGGUACAGGACGUGUGUCCUGACGUGCGACGUCUCGCGCUCAGGGGCCUCGCGCACUACGCGCAUCUCUAUCAUGACCAGUGCUAUUUUCCGCGCUGGUUCGGGAUGUGCAAGAGUGCGCUGCUGGCGCUGAGUCACCGAGUGAGCAGCGCGCCGCUGCAGGAACUACUGCAGUCGCGUCUCAGUCCCGCCGCCUCCCUCGACUACAAGAGCUUCUUGGCCGCCCUCGCCCCCCUCCUGGUCGCGUGGCUGGGGGAACAUCUGAGCCUGACGCUGGCAGCGGCGAGCUCUUAUUACCACAGCCGCCAGCCUGAGCUGCGGGCCGCUGCUGCGCAUCUCACGGGUGAAGUGGUGAGGUGGGGAGGAGACGAGGGUGCCUCAGGCGUCGCGUCGGGACUCGUGAUGCUCAUGAAGGAUCAGGAACCCGCCGUCCGCACCGCCGCCGCCACCGCCGCCCACCUCCUCUGUCAGCACUCUCACCUCCUGUAACUCCCGCCACCUGCCACUGCCACCUCUUGUGACUCCCGCCACCUGCCACUCCAACCUGAUGUAACUCUCGCCACCUGCCUCUUCCAUUUCCAUCAACUCUCGCCACCUGCCACUGCCACCUCUUGUGACUCCCGCCACCUGCCACUGCCACCUCUUGUGACCCGCCACCUGCCACUCCCACCUGAUGUAACUCUCGCCACCUGCCUCUUCCAUUUCCAGCAACUCUCGCCACGUGCCACUUCCAUUUCCAGCAACUCUCGCCACGUGCCACUCCCACCCCUCGCCACUCCCGCCACACGCCAGUCCUCUAGCUGCUGUCAUCUUGUAUCUCAUUCAACGACAUUAGCGUUUCAUUUCGCCACUCCCUCCAGCCCUCCUAUAGCUAUUAUGCUUUGUCGUCAAGAAGGAACAGAGUACAUCCAUGAUUUAUCUCCGUCAGUUGUAGGUAUUCUUUUUCAGUUUACUAUACUCUCUUCUAUGGUAUUCUUAUGUCUUCAUAUUUGUAUUUCCCAGAGAAUGGAACGUGCUACACUAUAUCUAAGUCAUGUACAGAGUACUCUUGUAUUUUUAAGGUGCCAAGACAGUGAUUAGGUGUGAUUAUGUGUUCGUUGCUGUGCACACACCCCCAGUUUAUAUUCUAGUGUAUGCACUUCAAUGUUGUAAUUCAUGUGUCUCCUUAACCCUCUACCGCCGUAUGUCACUCUCUCGGAACA